AGCUUGAUGUCUUGACACAGAUAAGGCCUUAUCCUCAGAAUGUGAACUUUGAGCACUGUUUGCUCGGCCUGUUUGUUGCCAGCGCCAUAAGGAACUGGUGGUUUCAGGAAGGAAUCCGCUGAACAGAUUUUGUCAUCUUCCUGCACCUCUGGGAUUUAUUUGGUGAAAUGUAAUGGCGCAAAUCAUGGCUGUGAUCUCAUCAUCUUAUAAUGAUACAGCUGAGGAGAGCAGCCCAUGAGAAAAACCAGAGACAGAAGAGGGGAGGAGCCCGUUCUCUCAUUACGUCAUUUAUUAGUCUAAGGCAGAGAGAUUUAUUUUUCCACUAGAGAAUCCCUCUUAGAUUGUGUGUAUAUAAGCCAGUGUGUGUUGAGCUGAGUGAGCUUACAGGAGAAAGAAGAGGAUUUCUUACAGGUUGUCUCCAGCUACAUCAUGUCUCAGCCCGAUCAGGAAGAUGAAAAAAUGCAGCGCCCUGAAGUGAGAGAAGAGGACCUGACUGAGGCCAGGAGCAAACUGGAUACUGGCAGGCGUGUAAAGAGCAAGACGUUUGAAGUCAUGGAGGAGUGCGAGAAAUCAGGUAAAGCGGCUCCCUCUGUGUUCAGUGGAGUGAGGUCAGGAGCGGAGACGGCUUUCAACACGCGCUCAACUCGACCGAUCAAGAAGUAGAGGGAGACUUCCAGACCAGGACUGGACAGCAGCUGUCCCAUGUUAAGGGGUGUGGAACAGUUGUUUCCCUGAUGUCUUCCAUUAACGAAAGAAAUCUUGCUUAAAGCUCAUUGUUUCAGAGGGUUCAUGCUGUCACGUUUGUUUAUGGUCACAGCACAUUUUACAAUAGUGCUGAACAUUGAACAAUUAACUGAUAAAUCAAGUUUAAAUGUAUGACAUUUUGAUUUGUUAAUGUAUCUAUUAUUAGUUUUCCGUGCUUGCAGUACCCCAGUUUUAGUGAGGACAAUACAUAGAUCAGCCAUAACAUUGUGAUCGCCUGCCCUCAACUGGAGAGACAUGGACUCCACCUCUGAAGGUCGGUGGCUCCAUUGGUUGAAGUUGUUUGUACUGAAAAUCCCAGAAAUGAUCGUCUGGACUGAGAUCGAGGGAAUUUGGAAGCCAAGUCAGCACCAUGAACACCAUGAACAUGUUAUGGCAGAUAAGUGUAUUGAGACUGAUUUUUCUGUGUGUGUCUAAACCGAUGGUUUAUCAAAUGUUUACACUUUAAAAUCAAUAAAAAGUCUCAGAAAUGUGCAAA